AGUAAACAGAAACUCUUAGCAAGUCAAAACACACCAAACGACAAGCUCUUCUCUUCCCUGCUCACGCAAUUCGCGCCCUUUUGCAUUCCUUGUCUCUCUGUGCAUCCCUCUACAGAUCGAGUCUUUUUGUGUGAGAAGAUGAUGGAUUACACGUUACCAAUAGCUAGAAGGACUCGGAGUAGAGAAGCCCUAAUGUAUAGGAAAUUGCAUGAAGAGUUGAACGGAAAAUGCUAUGAAAAGAAACGUAAUGCUGCUGAGUCUACGAGUUUUAGUGGUUUCAGUGAUGUUAAGGGGAGGAGCUCUAGUGGGUCGUGUCAAAAAGAUAAUGGGAGUGAAAAUUUAGGGCUUGUUGAUUAUGGUGUUGUAAAGGGGAAGAGCUCUAGUGGGUCGUGUCAAAUGGACAAUGGCAGUGAUAAUUUGGGGCUUGGUGAUGAUGUUGUGGAGUUCUGUGAUUUGGGUCCAUAUGAUUGUGUAGAUAAGUGUGAUAUGGGUGCAUCUAAUUUUGAAAAUUUGGGAUUUGAGUGUGCGGAGAAUGAUGAUUCUGAAGAGAUGGGUUGGAGGGAAAGUGGGCGUGUGGAUGUGGAAGAAAGUUGUAGUAGGUCUAAAUCUAAUGGUGAGGAUGAUGUGGUUGUGGUGUCGAUUUCCGAUAGUGAUUCUGAGGAAGAUGACAUUUCUUCUGAAGAGAGUGUAGAGGAUAGUGAUGAUGAGGAUGAAAUUGAGACCUCUUCUAGUGGUGAGAGUGAUGAGGAUUCUGAUGAUGAUUAUGAUGGUUAUGUGCCAGAAAUACCUGAUGGUUCUCCUGGUUUCGAGGAAUUGAGUGGCGAGAGUGAAGGGGAAGAUGAAAGCAAUAAGGAGGAAGAAUCUCCAGUUUCGGUGAAAGAACCUGGGAACAGGGGAAAAGGGGAAGACGGAAGCAACAAGGAGGAAGAAUCUCCGGUGUCGGUGAAAGAAUCUGGGAACAGGGAAAAAGGGGAAGACCGAAGCAACAAGGAGGAAGAAUCUCCGAUUUCGGUGAAAGAAACUGCGAGCAGGGGAAUUGGGGACGAGGUUGAGAUUAGAUUGAAAAGGAAAAAGCUGUCUGAUGAUUGCAAAAAUGAUAUUAGUGGUAAUGGCAAGGAUGAUGCUGUUGAUGAAGUUCAAAAGAAAAUUUGUGUUUCAAAACGAACUAGAUCACGAUGUAGUUCAGAAUCUAGCGAGAAGAUAGUUGGGGUUGGAACAGUUAGCCAUCCUAUUUGUGUAGAUAAUGAGGACCUUAAUGACUUUGGGAUUGAGGAAGUGGAAGAUGAGGAGGAGCAUGUGCAGGAUUUAUGUGGUGGGCAGCCCAGUAGAAAAAGAAUCCGAGCCUAUGAAGAUCAUGAAGUAGUACAAAUUCUUGCAAAUUCUAUAUUGGACAAGACGGAAAUACCUGGUGAAGAAAUUGAUGAGCCAGUCAUUGAGCCAAGUCUUCCACUGAAAUUCACAUUUGGAACUGAAGAACAAGUUGCAGUGGAGAAAUCAGAAGAGGAGAAAGAAUUGGAGAAACUUUGGGCUGAAAUGAACCUGGCUCUUUGUGCAGAUGAUGCUACUGAUGGGAAAGAGGAGGCUGAAAAUGCAGCUGAUGUUACUCCUGAGAAUGAACUUGAUACCGACGCCCUUUGCCAACAAGGGAAACAUCAAUAUGUUCUUGAUGAAGAGAUUGGAAUCAAAUGCAAGUUUUGCUCUUUUGUAAAUGUGGAGAUCAAAUAUUGUACAGCACCUUUUGGUAGGCGUACCUCACAGUAUUCAGAAAGGAGAGUAUCAUAUGCUGUGCACCUUAAUGUCUUUGAGGAGCUUCGUGAUCAGAACUGUGGUCAUGACUCACAGCCUGGCUGUGAUCCCUUCUCCUUUCAUGCACGAGGCACCGUGUGGAACAUCAUUCCUGGUAUUGAAAAGGACCUGCAUGAACAUCAACGGGAAGGUUUUAAAUUUCUGUGGAAAAACAUAGCUGGAGGGAUUUACCUUGACAAGUUGAAAAAGCCAACCAGUUCUGAUAGUGAGACUGGUGGAUGUAUCAUAUCACAUGCUCCUGGAACUGGAAAAACCCGCCUGGCAAUAGUUUUUCUUCAGACACACUUGAAGUUGUACCCUACAUGUAGACCGGUGAUUAUUGCCCCCUCGAGCAUGCUGCUUUCCUGGGAAGCAGAAUUCAAGAAGUGGAAAGUUAACAUUCCUUUUCACAAUUUGAACAAGCCAAAGUUCUCUGGCAAGGAAAAUGUAGCUGCUAUGAAGCUAUUUAAAUCCAGACAGCAUAGUCUAAACUCUGUUCGGAUGUUGAAGUUAUAUUCCUGGAAAAAUGAUACGAGUAUCCUUGGCAUCAGUUAUAAACUAUUUGAAGAGCUUGUUGGAGAAGACAAGAAGAGGAGUGCAGUUCGACAGAAGAAUGAAGAAGGCAUGGUGCGGCAAAUUCUUCUUGAGCUUCCCGGUCUUUUAGUCCUUGAUGAAGGACACACACCUCGCAAUGACCAGAGCCAAAUAUGGAAGGCUCUAUCAAAAAUCCGAACAGAAAAGCGCAUUAUUCUUUCAGGAACCCCUUUCCAGAAUAACUUUGAUGAGCUUUAUAAUACACUAUGCUUAGCGAGACCUAAAUUUGCAGAUAGGAUCUCAUGCAAAUUCAAUGCCUUCUUUGAUACAAAACGUAGUCGGAAGGUAAAUGGGGCAAGAAGGAAUUGGGCUUCUCUCACAAAUUCACUUGGCAGAGUUGCUGAUGAUAGAGUGAGAGCUGAAAGGUUGGAAGAGGUUAGAGCCAUGAUAAGGCCUUUUGUGCAUGUACAUAGGGGUAAUAUUCUACAACAAAGUCUUCCGGGUUUGAGAGAUGCUAUGAUCAUUUUAGAGCCACCUCAUUUUCAGAAGAGCCUCCUUGAUAAAGUUGAACUUACAGCAAACCGGACUGCUUUUGAUUUGGAAUAUUUGGUGACUUUGGUUUCUGUGCAUCCUUCUCUUUUGCUGAAUCAAUCCUUCGAUUUGGAUGACUUUGGUGGACGAGCCAUGUUAGAAAAGCUUAGGUUGAAUCCAGAUAUGGGGGUCAAAACAAAAUUUCUUACUGAACUUAUUCGGCUUAGUAUAGCCACAGAUGAGAAAGUGUUGAUCUUUAGUCAAUAUCUUCAUCCAUUGACAUUCAUAUGCAAGCUUCUUGAAUCUAGAUUCAACUGGAUUCAAGGGAAAGAGAUCUUACGCAUGAAUGGACAGGUGGAUACAGUUCAGCGCCAAUCUCUUAUCAAGGAUUUCAACAAUAGAAACAGUCAAGCAAAAGUGAUGCUUGCAUCAACAAGGGCUUGUUGUGAAGGGAUAAAUCUAGUCGGCGCAUCAAGGGUUGUCUUGCUUGAUGUCGUUUGGAAUCCUUCAGUCGAAAGGCAAGCAAUAAGCCGUGCAUACAGGCUUGGGCAGGAGAAAGUUGUGUAUAUCUAUCAUCUCAUUACUUCAGGAACAAAGGAAGAAGAGAAAUAUUGUCGGCAAGCUGAGAAGGAGAGGUUAUCAGAAUUGGUAUUUUAUUCUUCAGAACGAGCUCAUACUCGGGAAAAAAUUUCAUCCAAUGUGUCAGAAGAUGAAAAGGAUACAAUUUUGGAAGAAAUGAUUCACCGAAACAAACUCACAGAAAUGUUCAAGAGGAUAAUUUACCAACCGAAGGAUUCUAAUUUGGUUGAUUCUUUUGGCUUGGUCAAUCUGUAGCAAACAUUCUGGUGAAAAAUUUUUGUCACAAUAUUUGGACAUCUUAGAAGCUGAAACCAUUUUCAUUUUUGGUUGAAAAAGAAAAGUAUAGUGGCUUCUGGAAUGGCCAAUAUUCAUGUAAAUGCAGAUUAGUAAAGGAUGAAUAUACUGCAAUAUGGUAAGUUCCCUUAAUUCUUAUUUAUGAAAUUGCUGAGUUCUUGGCCUGUGCAA